AUGCACCAAUCAAGCUCCCCUCGUAGCUCGGCAGAUACGCCUCACCUUCGAGUAUCUAGACCUGUUGCAGCUUGUUCGAGAUGUCGCCGAGCUAAAAUAAAAUGUGAUGGAAAGCUUCCUGCAUGCUCUGCUUGCGAAAGAGCUGGUCGGGCCGACGAAUGCUUCAGUCCCAAUGAAAAAUAUGCUAAAGCCAGUGAGAGAAGCUACGUCGCAUCUCUUGAAUCCAGAAUCGAGAGACUAGAGCAACAAAUCGCAUUCGCUGGCGCUAGAAAAGCUUCUAUUGCGAUGCAUGACAACAACAAAGGAGCGAAAUCUCCUUGUCCCAAAAACUCAUUUGCUGCCAUUCGGGCAGCAGUGCAAGAAAAGGCAGCUCAAAAGAGAGAAACGGCCGAUGUAAAUGAACUCAUAUCAGACUUCGGGUUUUUAUCAGUUAAUGCUACAACGCGUGGCUUCGACGUACCAUCUACGAAGAUGACUUUUGCUCGUCUCAUUUUGGCCGCUUCAAACAAUGAACCAAUUCCUAGAUAUCAACCAUUUAGACUACCACCCAGGACAGCCACAAUGCCACUACUAAAAUACUACUUAGAUACAGUAUUUGUGCUCCUACCAUUAUUCCCAGAAGCAGAUUUAUUGACAGUAUUUGACGCAAUGUACCAAGAAAAUGGGCAAUCUAUCACUGAUUUUGAAUAUUGGUUGUUCUGUAUGGUGCUAGCAAUAGGGUCAUCGGGUCAAUCACGAAGCAACAAGGACAAGUUUUACAUUGACGGCGUCCUCUGGGUCGGAAGAGCGUUGCAAUUCGCCGAUAGAGUCCUCGUUCCGGGAUUUAUAAGCCAGAUACAAGCACUAGCCUUGCUAGUGCAGUAUGCUAUGCUAGAUCCUGUACAUUUUGAUAGUUGGAUUCUGGCUGGUUUCGCUUGCCGCGCAGCAAUAGAUUUGGGUUUCCAUCAAGAUCCUUUGAAUCAAGAUCAGACAGAUCUCAAAGUUUCUAACUUGAGGAGAGCUAUAUUUUAUUGUGUUUACUCACUUGACAGAUCAACAAGUAUGGUGCACGCUCGCUCCUUUUCAUUUACAGACGACUCAGCAAGUGUCACUAUUCCUUCCCUUGCGUCUUUAACGCCCCCUCCAAACUCCAAACCAGUCCUAUCAGAGCCCAACAUUUUACAGGUAGCCAUAGAACUAUUCAAACUCCGUUUGAUCCAAUCAUCCUGGUACCAAGAGUUGUUUCAGUCUGGCCGAGAGCCAUUUUCAAGCUCCCCCACAUACGUGUGGGAAAAGUGCCAAGAAAUGCAACAAUGGGCCCAGUCAUUACCAAAAGACUUACCCUCCUCUCUAAAGCUUUUAUUGGACCUUGAGCUUUCCUACAGCUAUGUGUAUUGUCUAGCACCUUCAUUUCGAGUCAAAAAUGUGUCUGCGCGCGGAAAGUUUUUAAUUUUUGAACACAGCAUAGAAUACAUUGAAAAAAUUUUUAAAAUAGCCCAAAUGACUAACAACAUAAUAUUUUAUACGUAUCAUGACGCAUUGAGGGUAUUCUUUGUGGGAAGUCAGUUUGUCUCUGUACUACACGAUGAUCAAGAUUGGCUUUUAAACACAGAGUUACAUGGCGCUCGGCAAGACACAGAAAAUUUCCUGCAGUCGUCUCUCCCUCAGAGCUAUGGAAUUGAUAACUUCGGUAGGAGUUUAGGCUGCAUUUCUCACAUAAAAAAGACAUUGAAAAUUUUUGGGAAUAGGUGGGAGGACUCGAGGGUCCUCCUUUCUUCAUUCGAAGCACGUGUUGAAAACCUGACAAAAGAACUGUACCGUAAGAGGAUUUCUCUGAAAGCUUCUUGCAGGACCUAG